GUGCACUCUCUACUACGUAGCACAGACUCGAUGAUUAUAAUACUACGCAACGUUGCACUCACGUUGAUGGUGACGGAAUUUUGCUGCUUGUGCGUGUUCAAAUACAGCUGAACAUAAAAUGUCAUUAAUGAAAUUAAAAGAGAUAGAUCCGGAAUUUUAUAAAUAUUUACAAGAAAAUGACAAAAAUCUUUUAGAAUUCAAUGUAUCAGAUGAUGAAGAUGAUGAUUCAAAUGCCUCUGACAAUAAACAUGUCCCUAACGAAAACCUAGAGAUUGCUAGUGAUGACAGUGAUUUUGAGUUAGAGGAUACAAAUAUCAAUGAGGAUGAUUCUAAAAACAAAAUUACACUGCAGUUGCUGAAAAUUUGGCAGGAGAAAAUACAAACAGACAAAUCAUUAAAUAUGAUUAAAUGUGCUGUGGAUGCCUUUCAUGCAGCUGUGGAAACUGUUGCUGAAUCAGCUGACCCAAGCACAUUACGAUAUAAAGUAGAAGGAAGUGCAGUAUUUAAUGGUGUAGUUCAGUUGUGCAUAAUGCAAUUACCUGAAGCGUUUAAAUGUUUUUUAAAGCUUGACUCAACAUCUAUUAAGGAAGUUCAUAAAUGUAAAAAAUUUCCAAAAGUACAAGGUAUUUUAAAAACCUACUUAGCAGAUUUAAUUAAGAUAUUACAAAGUGUAGCAUCAGCCAAUAUUAUCAUGGUAUUUCUAAAGCAUCUUUAUCAAAUGUUGCCUUAUACUCAAUUAUUUUCAUCUUUAACAAAACCAUUGCUAAGGAUCUUAUUGAAACUAUGGUCAACUGGAGAAGAAAAUGUUCGCGUUGUAGCCUUUAUAAAUAUAUUUCGUAUUGCAACAAAUCCUACAAGAUCUGUGCUGGAGAUGCUAUUAAAGAACAUGUUUGUAAAAUAUGUAGAGAAUGCCAAAUUUGUUUCACCCAACACGCUACCAGAGAUCAAUUUCAUGAGACUCUCUUUGGCUGAGAUUUAUCUACUUGAUCAUAACCUUUCCUAUAAUCAUGCUUUUCUUUAUAUCAGGCAAUUAGCCAUUCAUUUAAGAAAUGCUACAACAUUAAAGAAGAAGGAAAAUUUCCAAGCUGUAUAUAAUUGGCAAUAUAUAAAUUCUCUACGUUUCUGGACAGAGUUGAUAACCAAGACAAAAAAACAAUCGAUGCUGCGUUCUUUAUUAUAUCCUUUAGUGCAGAUAAUUACAGGGACAAUAAAAGUCAUCCCAACUGCACAAUAUUAUCCAUUGCGAUUCCACUGCGUGCAAAUGUUAAUUAUUAUUUCUAAGCAGACUGGAAUGUUUAUACCAGUUUUACCGUUUCUUCUUGAGGUACUGGAUUCCUAUGAUUUCAACAAAAAACACAAGACUGUAUCAAUGAAACCUGUACCUCUUACAUGUAUAUUGAGAAUGUCAAAAUCUCAACUCGUGGAAAAUGGCUUUAAGGAUAGUGUCAUUGAAACCAUUUAUCAACUUAUAUUAGAAAAUGCAGCAAAUGAAAGUCACAUGAUAUAUUUUCCAGAUGUAUACAUUCCUUGUCUAAUACAGUUAAAAGCGUUUCUAAAGAAAUGUCACGUAUCGAAUUAUUGCCGAAAGAUCAAACAACUCUUAGACAAGAUCGAAGAGAAUAGAAAAUACAUUGAAACUGAGCGUAUCAAAGAACCUAUUGCUUUGAAGAACAUGGAGGAGAUUACAAAUUGGGAAAAUAGGAUAAAGACGGGCGGCACUGCAAUAGCCAAGUUUUACGCUUCAUGGAUUAAAAUUCACGAAUCGCAAAAACUUAAAUUACUUACGAAAACUGAGGAAGUGUCAGAAUAUAAACUGCCCGUUGUAAAAAAAUCGAAAAAACGAGAACUUGAACAGAUUAAAGAACAGAGUGAAGAAGAGAGUGAAUUUGAAUUUCAGGUAAAAGAAACAAAUAAUGAUGUUCAACAAAAGCCAGUGAUAAGUAAGCUGAAUAAACCAAAGAAAAAGAAAAUGAAAAGAUUCGAAAAGAAUAUCGAAAAUGAAGAUUUGCCAAAAGAAGACACCGACAUCGUUCAAGAUAUAAAUAGCGAUGAUUGGAAUUAAAAAUACAUUUGUAUAACCAUUGUUAAAGUAAUAGUGUAAUAAUUAAUACAAAAAUGGUGUAACAAUACAAAAAAGUCAUGUAUUUAUUUACUUUUAAAUAAUACAAUCAGUGAAGACUUGAA